AUGAGGUUCCUCUGUUGUGGCGACGACUCCGACACCGGUCCCACCCAACCCAACAGGCCACAUGUCGACUUCGACGCCAACGCCGAAGCUGAGGAUGGCAGCAAGCCCGGCGUCUCCCGCCUCCCUGCCAGAGACAGCUUCAAGCUGUUGUUCGAAGGCGAGCUUCCGCCGGACUACACCUUCAACGCCGAACCCGACGGAGUCCGGCUCCUCCUGGACGUGAUCAAACGUGGUCACCGACUGGGCCACAACAUGGGCAUCUCGGGCGCCUUCAACGCGCUCCGUCACCGCCACAUCAGUGUGUGGGUCGAUGACAACCACCGUCUGCCGGCGGUGACGCGCAAUUCAAUGCGGUCGCUCGCCGUCAUGUUCCUCAGCCUCGCCAAGGCCGUGUCCGCCGACAUGGAGUUCUUCUUCAUGAGCCAGAGCAACACCGAGAGUGGAGACCUCACCCCGGAGGAAAAGGACAAGGCCAAGGCCCUGGACCGGCUGUGGAUCACGAAAAAUUGGUCGCAGGCGAAGACUAUGGUAGAAAAGGACCCGAUCCUCCAAGACAUGGGCCUCCUGCAGUGGAUGGAGAACAACUCAUCCGGUGAGGUCGCAACGUCGUCGGACAUGGAGCAGGCAAUGUGGCCGCAGCGGGUGAAGUCGGGCCCCUCUUCCAAGACGAACGCUGCUUCCACGCAGGCAACCAAUGAGGAAACGCCGCGCGAGAGGUUUCUCCGCCUGCUGUCCCACGUGCGCGACCUCAAGCUCCCGUUCUGGCAGGGCUACUACCAGGACGACAUCGACAUGACGGCUCUCGCGGCGGCUCACGCGUCGGCGCUCGAGGAAUCCGGUAAGCAGCCCAAGUCGCUCAACAGUCUCCGUUUCACCUUCGAGCGGGAGAUCGGGCGCUACCUGCGCCUCAAGCAGAGCAAGGGGCAUGACGCCGCGCCCACCACGGUGCUGCUGUUGACCGGCUCCCCACUCCAACCAACGGAGGCCGACGCCAUCAUCAAGUGCCAGAAGGACAACACGCUGUUGGGGAAGCAGCCGCCGUCGACCGCGACGGCAGUGCGCGGCGAGGGCAGCCAGUUCUGCAUCCAGACGAUCGCGUGGACGGAGUUCAUGGACGAGCAGAGCAAGCGGUGCCUGCGCAAGAUCGACAACGCCAACAAGGGCGAGGACGACAUCAACGACCUCACCGAAGUGCAUGACACGAAGCUCCGUGACCACGGGGCCAGCGCCGAGCUGCUCUUCAAGGUCCUCAACAGCCACAACCCUGCCGUCGACGGCCUGACCCUCAAGGACGAAGACAAGUACGGCAAGGCCAAGUUGUACGUGACCGGCCAGCCAUUAGUCAUGCCCGGCGUCGACAAGAUUGCCGCCGUGUUGGGACAGAACAGCGAGGACGUCGCCGUGGAGGAAGAGAUUAGCAGGGUCGGUGGUGUCCUGGUGUCGUCGUCGUCGAAGUAA